AUGAAGCUUCCUUUUCAUAACUCUCUCAUUUUAAUUUGCAGUGGAAACGUCGUCGGUUACAAACCAUAUGAGGAGGGUAAGCCAUCGUGUGCCACAUAUGGUUUGAGAUCGUCAUCGCGUUAUCAGGGAUUAUGCGCACCAUCGGUAGCGCCCAUAGUUAGCGCCAACGCUAUUGACACGUAUGAGUACAAGCAAAAUAACAACAACAAAAAAACCGCAUAUUCAACGCAAUCCGCUACAACUUCAACCUCUUCUUCCUCCUCCUCUUCUGUAUAUUCCCCAAAACAGGCGACGAACACAUUUGGUCAGCGUAAGACUACAUCCGGUACAACAAGUUCAACGUUUGGUACCACAGUAUACACAACAACAAAUAACGGCAACAAGGCGUACACAACUCAGACCGGUGACAACAAAUAUAAGAACAAACUUGAGGCAUAUCGCCCGUCCACAGCCGAAUAUCAGAGGGCCGUACAGAAACACACCCUUCUAAGGACAUAUCUAAAUAAUCCGAAUUUGAGUGAACAACAAUUGCAGCAAGAGGCACAAAGGCAACAACAACAGCAAGAUGGUAAUGGAAAUGUUUUUGCUGUAUCAGAAGUAUUCGUUUUCGAUAAUACAAAACAAAACAAACAGCAAGUUGCCAAUACAACACCGCAGCCGGCUAAGCGUGGCUGGAGUCUUUUGACGUGGCGUGGCUAGAUAGUAGCAUGUGGGAGUAGGGCAUAGCCAUGAGUAUAUAGUAUAUACAUACAUACAUAGAUGGAAUGAAAAGUGAAGGACAGAGAAGUACUUUUUUAAGGAAAAAAUUGCAAUUAAUUUUGGUUAAGGCAACAGGGAAAGCAGCCACCGUGAAUUACUACUGUGUAGUAAAGGAAGGAGAAAACUUCAGUGGUAUGCCAUAGAAAGCGCAAUUCAAAAAAAAAAAUAAUAAUACUCUACAUUGAAGAGAUCUUUUUUCGACUGCAGUAAAUUUGUUUGCCUUUGAGUAGCCAUUCAAAUCGUAAUGCAAUAAUGAAAAUAAUAUUCCUAAUUUUGCUCAAAUUAAAGUUUACUAUUAGUAUAUAUGUAUGUAGAUAUAAGUCUUAUGCCAAAUGUACGAAUUUGACAUACACAGUUUUCAUUAGUUCGUAAGUAGUUAUCGAUUGUUAGAUGUAAAAAGUACUGCAGUAUAUUCACACAUACACACACACACACAGACACAUACAUACGUAUGUACUUAUUUGCAUAUUUUGACUGCCCAAAAGGCGUUUGUGCGCCCAGUUUUAGCCACAGCCACGCAAAAGCUGAAUUGAAAACAAUUCCGAACUACUAAGUAUUCACAUAAGCAACCUGCCACACAAGGGUACAGCCAUAUCAUUUGCCAUAACCGCGUAGGUGGACGCCAAGCAACACAACCUUGUACUCAGGAACAACGUUUCGCCUGCAUUUAGAUUCUUCAUCUUAAAGCAUAUGCGCUCAUCUAACUACUUACAUAUGUAUUAACAAAUCAGCAAUCGAUUUAAAGUAGCCACUGCAUCGCGUCAUUCUCUUGUGGAAAACUGCCAUUCGCGAUCAGCACACAUUAAUGCGCAUUUUGUAGUGAAUUAUCACAUAGUAUUUAGUAUUAGUAAGAUAAAAAAAGAAACAUAAACAAAUGCAUUUACAUACAUAUAUAUGCAUAUAUCAGUGUUAGCUUACAUACACACGAAUACUUGUACUAUACAAAUGUUUGUAUCAAACGUUUGUACCCACAUCUGCUUAAAUAUAACAAUAGCGACCACAUUUUAGACAAACGUAAUAGCUUCUAAUCAGAAUACUGAAAAAAAAUAAUUCUAUACAUACAAACUUCUGAAGAAUAAGAUGGAUAUGUUUGCUAAAUUGUAUGCAAAGAUAACACAUCGAGCGACUUUGCAUAGUCUCUGCAUUAAUAAAAUUUUACCAAUGUACAUUUUAUUUUAAAUGAAAUUUAUAUACAAAAUAUAUGCAGCAUGAAUAAAUUUUAGUUCAUGUGAAGAGCUCUGUAUCAUGUAAUCUUGCGGAAAUUAUUAACCAAGCAUUAAAAUCAAAUAAAAUUU